CUUUUCGGGUACAGAUCUAGAUAGGUUAUCCCAGAAACGACCAGAGUUGUUCCUCUUCUUUUAACUGGCUCCAAAGACUUUGAUCAACCUAAAGCAUCAUGUGUGACGAGGAUGUUGCCGCUUUGGUCGUGGACAAUGGCUCCGGAAUGUGCAAGGCCGGAUUCGCCGGUGAUGACGCCCCCAGGGCCGUCUUCCCGUCCAUUGUGGGCCGACCCAGACAUCAGGGUGUGAUGGUCGGUAUGGGACAAAAGGACGCCUAUGUGGGCGACGAGGCCCAAUCCAAGCGUGGUAUCCUGACCCUGAAGUACCCCGUGGAGCACGGCAUCAUCACCAACUGGGACGACAUGGAGAAGAUCUGGCAUCACACCUUCUACAACGAGCUGCGUGUGGCCCCCGAGGAGCAGCCCGUCCUCUUGACCGAGGCUCCCCUCAACCCCAAGGCCAAUCGCGAGAAGAUGACGCAAAUCAUGUUCGAGACCUUCAACAUGCCCGCCAUGUACGUGGCCAUCCAAGCCGUGCUCUCGCUGUACGCCUCCGGUCGUACCACCGGUAUCGUGAUGGACUCCGGCGAUGGUGUGUCCCACACCGUGCCCAUCUAUGAGGGUUACGCUCUGCCCCACGCCAUCCUCCGUCUGGACUUGGCCGGUCGCGAGCUCACCAACUACCUCAUGAAGAUCCUGACCGAGCGUGGGUACUCGUUCACCACCACCGCCGAGCGCGAGAUCGUGCGCGACAUCAAGGAGAAGCUCUGCUACGUGGCCCUGGACUUUGAGCAGGAAAUGGCCACGGCCGCCGCCUCCACCUCCCUGGAGAAGUCCUACGAGCUGCCCGACGGCCAGGUCAUCACCAUCGGCAACGAGCGCUUCCGCGCCCCCGAGGCCCUCUUCCAGCCCUCGUUCUUGGGCAUGGAAUCCUGCGGCAUCCACGAGACCACCUACAACUCGAUCAUGAAGUGCGACGUGGACAUCCGUAAGGACCUGUACGCCAACACCGUCAUGUCCGGCGGCACCACCAUGUACCCCGGUAUCGCUGAUCGUAUGCAGAAGGAGAUCACGGCCCUGGCCCCGUCCACCAUCAAGAUCAAGAUCAUCGCGCCCCCGGAGAGGAAGUACUCCGUCUGGAUCGGAGGCUCCAUCCUGGCUUCCCUGUCCACCUUCCAACAGAUGUGGAUCUCCAAGCAAGAGUACGACGAGUGCGGACCGUCCAUUGUCCACAGGAAGUGCUUCUAAGGCGGACGGGUAGACUUCGGCCCCUCUGGCUCAUCAUAACCAUCAUUCAAAUUUUCAAAUUUUCCAUCUCUUUCAUUGUCCAUCAACUAUUAUGGCCUCUCUUGUCAACGAUGCACACACAUGCACCCGCUUCUGAUUAUGUCAACCA